AUGAGCUCUGCAUUGCCUUACGACUCGCUUUCGGCUCGGCCGAGUCCCAGCAGAAGAGCUCUGGACUUGGAGCGGGAGCAGUUAGCUGUCAGACGACUUUCCUCCCCACUUGGUGUAAACCUGCUCACUCCUCCUCCGCUUCCUCGCCGACCUUCUGCCAUCCCAGGCUAUCUGCUGCCUCCCUACCAAGAACAAGAGGAGCAGCUUCACCAGCAGCUUCAGCGUCUGUCCUUAUCUGUUUGCUCAGAAGCAUCCCUGGCGCCUCCUGCUCCUCCCCUGGUGGGUGCAGCCCCACCGUGCUGUCGCCCAGUGGGAGUCAUGCACCUCCUUCGUCUGGGACUCCUGGCUUUCAGCUGCCUCUUCUGGGCGGCUGGAUUGGCCAUCUUCACCCUAGGUGUAUGGGCACAGAUCUCUUUGGCGGACUACAUGACACUGUCAGCCAAUCGGUACCCAAACGCCCCGCUUAUCCUUCUCUCUACUGGUGCUGCGGUAACUGCGUGGGGUUUCCUGGGUUGCCUUGGGGUGGCUGCAAACUUGCCCUGUGUCCUGAGGGCCUACGGGUUCUUUCAACUUGCCACCCUAGUUGCCGGUUUGGCUGCUGGACUUUCAGGGCUCUUCUACCGCGAAGACAUUGCUGGAGGAUUUCGCAGUGGCUUGCAGCGAGCCGUGGCAGGCUACACGGAAGAUGAAGGCCGUGCCGACGCUCUAGACAGUCUUCAGAGGGCCUUGGAGUGCUGCGGCGCUGAGGGUUGGCGCGACUGGCUGACGUCGGACUGGGCCAUCCAGCAUAUGACCUUCGUCCCCAUGGAGAACGGCACCUCGGUGUCCCUUCCAGACAGCUGCUGCGUGAGGCGGAAGGGCUGCAAGAAUCGUCCUCUCCUGUCAGAUGACAACGACGGAGUGGUUGCUGCAGGAAUCCACCCACAUGGCUGCUUUCGUAAAGUCUUCAGCUUGGUCAACGACAAUGUCUUCCACAUUGCUGCAACUGUGUUAGGAUUAGCCUUUACACAGAUAGGAGGCAUCGCUCUAGCUUGUCUGCUGGCCAACAAACUAGCACCUAGACAGCAUGGACGGGUUGUGGCGCACUGA